CGCGCAGCUCGGCGCGCCAAUCGCUGAAGACGGAGUUCUUGAGCCGCACAAAAUCGCAGUGGGCCGAAUCGUACGGGUCUGCGAAUCCCCAGGGGAACGCACGCCCCACGACGUCGGGCUCGUAGAUGUCCGGGCUUAUGAUGGACAUGGGGAUGAAGGGCGGCUCGUCGUCUUUGAGCUCUUCCUGUGUCCGGCUACGGCGGAUCGAGUCGCGCUUCGACAGCUUCGACGCGGGCGACGCGGGCGACGCGGCACCUGCAGAUGGUCCAUCAUCCUCGCCAUCCUCGCCAAGAACUUGCGGUUGUGCCUCGUCGGUUGGCGUGAUACGACCAUCUUGAACGGGGACUUCUUCGUCUUCGUCCUCCUCGGGCUCCUCGUCGAUCCUGCUAGAGUCAGGGCUCGACGAGUCGUCCUCGUCGAAGCCCAGCGCAUGGAGCGGGUCCAGGUUUGAUUUCUUCAAGCUGUCCCAGACGGUGCGCUUGAGCACGUCCAUGUGCUUGGUCGUGAUGGUGUCGGCCUUGGAGAUGACGGGGAUGACGGUGGUCUUACCCUGGAGGGUCCGCAGGACCUGCAAAUCCAGGUCCUCAUCCAGCCCGCCCACUAUGCGUGGCUGAACCACGUACUUGCCGUUGUGGCCGGUAGGCGCCUGUGCCUUGGCUGCCGCGAUGUUGCGGUCUAGGCGGGCAGGGUCCAGGACCAAGAAGACGGCAUGAAUGUGCGUGUCUUGUGCGCCAGGGGACCUCAUCACCUUCAUCUCCUCCGUGAAUGUGUCUUCGAACUUGCUCUCAAGGAAAGUGGACAUUUCGCGAAGCUGGAGGUCAACCACGUUCUUCUCCAGUCCUUCCGAGUCCCAGAGGGUGAGGCCGAUGCGCUCGCCGUCGAUCUCGGUCUCGAGGAAGUGUGGGAUGAAGUUGCCAACCGGCGGUGGCGCUGGAGUGAAGUCGUCCAUAUCGGCGGCGGUGCUCUUGGCCCGUUUCUUGGCAGGCAGGGCCAGGGAGGUCUUGAGGAACUCGAGGAACGACGUCUUGCCAGAGCCGCGGGUUCCGACUAUGAGAAUGCUACAGAGCGCAGUAGGGGAGAGCGUCAGCGGUCAGGAACAAAAGCCGAGACAGCCAAGGCGAAUUGAGACUCACUUGAAAGGGGUUGGGUCCUUGCGCCUGCGGACCCUCCUGGGGUUGUUUACGGUGCUGACAGCGCUGCUGGCAUAGCUAUAGCGGCCGCGAUGGGUCAUGCUCUCGGUGCGGGCGUAGGGGUCGACCCAGGCGCCCUGAGGGAUUGGCGGGACGGGAAGGGGGACAUUGACGACGGAGCGGGAGCCCGGGUCGUACGAGGGCCUGGACAGCAUGGAGUGGUUGUCGGCCAUGGGCGAGGCGUGGCCCGAGACGAUGGCGAUGGAGUCGGGGCGCAGGGCGUCGCCGCCAAAGGUCUGCAGCUCCGGGGCGGGCGCGCCAUUGUAGAGGACGGGCAGGCGGGGCGGCGACUUGGGGAUGGACGCGUCGCGCUGCCUCUGCAGCUCGGCCUCGCGGGCCUGGGCCUUCUUGCCCUUCAGGUCGCCCGACUUGCUUCGUCGCAGCAGCAUUCCGAGAGAAGAACGGCGUGGUGGUGGACUCAUAGUACUAGGUGAGUCCAGGGACGGCGACGGCUUCGCCAGAGCGUGCGAGGGGAGCCGGUCGCGGUGGUGGUGAUGAUGGUGGUGGAGGUGGUGGUGGGAGGCUGCUGCCGCGACAGGGCCUUCGCCCAUUGAUCGGCGCAGACGCAGGGUGGCACGGCCGUUGGGUGGCUCCGACAGCUUUUGGGCUUCUGGGGCUGCAGGUGACUGCUGUCGUUUCAAAGGCCAGGCUGCGCUUGCCAGACCAAAUUUCCACUGGCUGGUGAGGUGUUAGGCGGCUGGGCAGGGGGGCUGUCGGGCGGCAAACGCUAUGGAUUGGCUGCGUUGUGUUGCUCCUUCCUGUGCGACGAUGCUGCCUUAUUUUGGACGCUGGACGGUUGGUAGUCGCGAAUCGUGCUGCAUCAAAUUGUCAGACGGGGCCGAGGAAACAAGAUUCAUCUCCAGACGAACAGCGCAACUGCCUUAGCAGCCAGCAGCUAGCACCCGGCUCUGAGCAGCGAGGCGAGGCAUGGCCACCAUGGUCAGGGCGACGAAGCACCCCGGAUGUGCACAUCACAACCGACAGCGCCAAAGGAUCCCUUCCCCCAAGUCUGGUGGGAUGGGAUUGGGCAGACGGCUGUCGCGCCAGUCAGAAGGGGUCGCAAACUAGACCUACCUCAGUCUCGCUCCAAAAUACGAUCAAUUCCAAGGAACCGCGGCCUCUCCCUUUUUCUGGUUGCUGUUGUUUUUGUGUGUGUUUUUGAUUCGAUGCCGGUUCGAUGUCGAGGUCGGAAAAAAAGCAGGCGCAAUGAUGUGGCUGGUAAACACUGUCCGGACAGAUUCGGUAAUGUGCAAAAAAGAUACUGACGCAAGCGUGCUGCGGUCGGUCGCAAGAUUGUUCUUGGCGCGCUUUUUGGGUUCUUUCCUGAGCUGAAAAUCACGCAACAAAGGGGGGGCCUUUUGCCCCGACGCAGCGUGGCGGCGCCAGUGCCAUUGGUUCCCAUGCUAAGUGCGGCACUUGAUGGUGGGCCGCUCGACGCGCCGGCCAGGAAGGAGAGAAGGAUGAGUGGGAGACUUACUAUGUGCACCAGACGGCUCUUGGAGGCCGAGUUCGCCGUCCGAGCGCGGGCCUAUCAAGCACCGCUGGCAGUCGGUGGGAGAGGCGGCGCCAAUGAAGGGGAAAGUAAGGGCACAAAGGAGAGUCCAGAAGCGUGUGGGCUCAAGAGACGGACCAAGGCUAAGGCUUUCGUUCCAGAGGAAAGUGAUCAAGUGUGUCGAAGAAUAAGGAAGAAUGAAAAUGCAGCGGCGCAACCCAGGCCGUCUGUCCGUGGUGUUUUUCCCUUGGUUGUCUCUGUUGUCGAGCGCGAGAGCUGGCUGCGAGCGAAAAGGAAGGAGAAGGAAAAAGUGGUAAAAGUGAGGCUGGCCCAAAGAUGUCCCCUAAGCGAAAAGGCAAGUCCUGGCAAAUUAAUUUGGACCUGCCUCCCGCUGAUUAGGUACAUGUUAUACAUGCAACACAGGGUGCCAAAUCCCUCGGGCGGCCAUCACAAGCAAAGUGAACAAAGAAAAGAAAAAAAGGGGGCGCGUUUAAAUUGGCAGGUCUGCUGCCAGACCCGGGGGAUAGCUCAGGCUCUAAUAAGAUGUUGCUGCUGCUAUUCUACCACAAAAUCAUUUGUGCACACGUGCGAGCAUGACAUACCCAAAGCAUUUAAGCAUUUAAAGCAGUUAUAUUUAAAUAAUAAAAAUGACGUUUUUUCAACAAAAAAGAAAAAAUUUAUUAAAUUAAAUUAA